CCUGUGUUGUCUGUCUCCUGAUUGGCUGUCUCUCUAUAUGUCCAGAUGUGGGCGCUCUGUCUCAGCUGGUGAUGUCAUCGUUGGACCCAAACGCAGGAGUCACCUUACCUCCUCUAGAGGGAGCAGCUGAGCCUCCAGAGGACGGAGGAUUCAAACUGUACCCUUACACCAUCAAAGAAGAAAACCCGUAUGUCACCGUGUUGGCGUCCUGGGCGAGUCAAGAGGAAGUGGACACUGAUUCAUCCAAUGAGGACGAAGACACAGCAGCUGGCCAUGCCCCCCCUGGUGCUGAUGGACCAAUGGGAGGAGAUCCUGUGUUUUCAAACACCAACAGUACCCCAAUGAGUCCUUCAGGGCGUCUCGUCCCCACACGACCGGCCCCGCCUCCUCCUCACCCUCCCAACCAAUCAGCAAAGCCAGGGAAGCAGAAGACCCCGAGGGCAGCCACCAUCAGAGUGUCCAGGAAGAAGGGGGGCAGCAAGGGCGCGGCGCCGCAGAGCGCCGUGGUCCGAGCCAGCUGGUUGGACGUCUGGAAGGGCUUCAGACACAAUGUUUUAUGGGUCAUGUUGGACGGACAGCAGAUGUCUCUGUGGAAAAAACGAACAGACCGGUUCAGUGAGGUGCUCUUUCAUGUCUCCAGUAUCACUAACGUGAAGAAACAGGACAAAAGACGAUUCUCAGUUUACUUCAAGAAGAAACAUUAUGACUUCAUGGCUCACAGUGACGAGGUUCAUGAAGGUUGGGUCACGUCACUGCAAGCAUCCCGAGGCCAGCAGAGCCCCGCCCCCCCGGAGCUCCACGGACAAAUCACCAUCAAGGACCCUCGGAGCCGCGCCUACGCCGCCCUCUGGGGUCACGACCUCUGGAUCUACCCCAACAAGGAGGGCUUCCAGCUGGGCGUUGCCUCCUUCUCCGUCCCCCUGAAUGUGGCCUCCGUCAAACCCACGGGGAAGCACUCCUUCACCCUCAUCACACCUUACAAGAGCUUCAGCCUGUCUGUUGAUUCGUCGAAGGACCUGUCCCUGUGGUUGGACAGUCUGUCCUCGUCUAUCUGCAGCGCUCUGUCCAGCAGCCAGGUGGCGCAGCGUCUCUGGGAAAACCCCGACAACAAGGUGUGCGGCGACUGCAGCGCGGCCAAUCCUGAGUGGGCGUCGGUCAACUUGCUGCUGGUCAUCUGUCACGCCUGUGCAGGUCAGCAUCGAGCUCUGGGCAGCAACCUAUCCAAGGUGCGCAGCCUGAAGAUGGACAACAAGGUCUGGACUGAACCACUCAUACAGCUGUUUGUUGCCUAUGGUAACAGGCUGGCCAAUCAGGUGUGGGCUCCGGUGGUUCCAGCAGUGGAGCAGCUGCAUCCGGGGUCAUCUGACGAAGAGAGGUCAAAGUUCAUCCAGGAUAAAUACAGCAGGGGGUGCUACAGGCGAGUUCACGCCAUGACAUCAUCACCGGCUCAGAUGGAUCAGAGGCUGCGUCAGUUGGCGUGUGGCAGCGACGUGGAGGAGACGAUGUCGCUGAUCUGCUCCGGAGCAAAGGUGUGUCAGUCAGAUGCUCAGAGCCCCUCCCCCAUCCUGCUGGCUGAGAGGGCCGGUCAGGCUCUGCAGGCCGAGCUGCUCCGCCUCAACGAGUACACAGAGGUCCCACCGUACCUGCCGCAGUCCACCAACAGGGGACCUGACUCCGCCCCCUCAGGUAGGAUGGCUGAAUUUAUAAUGAGCAGGUAGGUUUCAGAGAGCGAGACAAAAAAAGACGGACAGAGAGGACAGAUAUCUGAGCUGAGGACAGAUCUCUAAACUGAGGACAGAUCUCUAAACUGAGGACAGAUCUCUAAACCGAGGAUAGAUCUCUAAACCGAGGAC